AAUGUCGAGCAAGCGGGCACCUACAACAUUUGGUACAACCGAUGGGGCGGCGAAGGGAAGAAGCACAAAGGGCUGGAAAAGGCAGAACGACGAUGCAAUAUGAAACGUGAUAUGGGGUACACGAAGGCGCAACCAGGGUCGGCGUUUUGUCUCCAUUUUUCCAGAGGAUGUUGUAUGAAGGGCCAUGAAUGCAACCAAUGGCAUCGCGCACCAUUGCCUGAAGACCGAGAAGAUCAAGCUCAUGACUGCUUUGGAAGGGAACGCUUCAGCAAUGAUCGCGAGGAUAUGGGUGGUGUUGGAUCCUUUGAGCGAGACAACCGAACACUGUAUGUUGGAAACAUCAAGGCCCCGACAUCUGAGAUGGAGGCAGUUGUGCGGCGACAUUUCAGCGAUUGGGGCGAAAUUGAGCACAUCAAUGUCCUGUUCGGCAAAAAUGUAGCCUUCGUUCGCUAUGUAAGGCGAUACAAUGCCGAGUUUGCAAGAGAAGCCAUGUAUGGGCAAUCCCUCGACAGCAAUGAGGUUCUUAAUGUGCGCUGGGCUACCGAUGACCCCAAUCCUCGUGUCAUAGCCACCAAGAAGCGCAAAGUAGAAGAACACAUUAGCGAGACCAUCCAGCAGAAACUGCCCCGCUUGGGGGACAGGGGCACCAUCCUCGACUACGAAAACUAUUAC